GCACGAAUGGACAGGGGGGGCCAGAGCCAGUGGUGAUGACAGACAAACCAGGCAAAUUUGCCUGGGGCUGGGCUGCUCUGGCUGGACAUGGGCCUUGCGACACCCUGGUCGCUGCAAGAGAGGCGAUGUCGUUGCCCCCCUCUGCUCUUGGGCGAUGUAGCGAGUCUGUGCUUGUUGGAUAUCCAGCCGAGCGAGGAUCUGGGUGGAGGUCGACUUGGGCUCUUGCACGCAGCAGCACGGCGAUCGACCGCAGGCAAGAAGGGCAAUGUCCCUCGACGCAAUGUCCCUUGGCAAUAGCGUCUUUGCGCCGCAGGAGAACCGCCGCCUGGCCCAUGCGUCUCAUUUGUGUCGUUGGAUGCACCGGUCUGCCACCUCCACAGUUCCACAGCCGCGUUGCAUCAAGAGAGAGCGAAAAUUUGUCUCCAGAUCCUCUCGGGCGAUGGUUGCUGGAGGGCAGACCGACAACGACCGAAGCCGUCCUCUUGUUCUGCUCCGGCAGAGCACAUUGACCCAGGCAGAGUUCUCGUCAGGAUCGGCCGACAUGCCUGGGACAACCCCCGAGCCUCCAUGACUAACGAUCGGUGUUGCUGACGAACAUGUCGCAAGUCCGUGCCGGCACUGCAUCCGUGGCAAGUACCGGAGGGCUCUGGGGAC